GACACGAUUCAUCAGCUGGAGAACGAGCUUAGAGGAACGAAGUGGGAAAUGGCACGUCACUUGAGGGAAUACCAGGACCUCCUCAAUGUCAAGAUGGCCCUGGAUAUUGAAAUUGCUGCAUACAGGAAGCUACUGGAGGGCGAAGAGACAAGAUUCAGUGCCUUCUCUGGAAGCAUUACUGGACCCAUAUUCACGCACAGACAACCAUCUGUCACAAUAGCAUCCACCAAAAUUCAGAAAACAAAAAUCGAACCACCAAAGCUGAAGGUCCAGCACAAGUUUGUAGAAGAAAUCAUUGAAGAGACAAAGGUAGAGGAUGAAAAGUCUGAAAUGGAAGAUGCCCUAGCAGCCAUUGCAGAAGAAAUGGCAGCCAAGGCCCAACAAGAAGAACAGGAGGAAGAAAAAGCAGAAGAAGCAGCUGUAGAGGAAGAAGUUGUUUCUGAGAAGGCUGCUGCAGAACAAGCAGCUGCACCUGAGGAAGAAGAGAAGGAGGAAGAAGCAGAGGAGGAAGAAGAAGCUGCAAAAUCUGAUGCAGCAGAGGAAGGAGGUUCUGAAAAAGAAGAAAUAGAGGAGAAGGAAGAAGGGGAGGAGGCUGAGGAAGAGGGGGAAGAAGCUGAGGCCAAGGGCAAGGCUGAAGAGGUAGCAGCAAAAGUGGAGAAGGUCAAAACACCUCCCUCAAAGUCACCCCCCAAGUCACCCCCUAAAUCCCCCCCUAAAUCCCCUGUAACGGAGCCGGCCAAGGCGGUCCAGAAAGAAACGGCUGCAGAAGCAGGAAAAGAACAGAAGGUGGAGAAAGGUGUUGAGAAACCAGCCAAGGAGGAAGAGAAAGCAGCAUCUCCGGAGAAGCCAGCAACACCAAAGGUAGCCUCUCCGGAGAAGCCAGCAACCCCAGAGAAGCCAGCCACGCCGGAGAAGCCUGCAACCCCAGAGAAAGCCGUGACCCCAGAGAAGCCGGUGACGCCGGAGAAGCCCCGUUCUCCUGAAAAGCCGUCGACCCCAGAAAAGCCCCGCUCUCCAGAAAAGCCAGUGACUCCAGAGAAGCCCCGUUCUCCAGAGAAGCCGGCCUCCCCGGUCAAAGAUGAAAAGGCUGUGGUGGAGGAGACCAUCACUGUCACAAAGGUAACAAAAGUUAGUGCAGAGGUAGAGAAGGAGUCCAGGAAAGAAGACAUUGCAGUGAAUGGUGAGGUGGAGGAGAAAAAGGGAGAGAAGGAGGUUGAGGAGGAAGACAAGGGAGUUGUCACCAAUGGCCUAGAUGUGAGCCCAAUUGAUGAUAAGGGUGAGAAAAUUGUAGUAACCAAAAAAGCAGAGAAAAUCACUGAAGGUGGGGACAGUACAACCACAUAUAUCACAAAGUCAGUGACAGUCACUCAGAAGGUAGAGGAACAUGAAGAAAGCUUUGAGGAGAAAUUAGUGUCCACCAAGAAAGUGGAGAAAGUUACUUCACAUGCUGUAGUAAAAGAGAUUAAAGAGACCGAAUAAAAUAAACCAUAGCUAAAUUAAAAAAAUUAAAGAGCUUGGGUUGGUGCAAAAGGUUAAGCCAUAUGACAGCUGCAAAAUGCAUGUGAGUGACGGCUUCAAAGCAGAACGGGUUCUCUCAUGGAGGCUCCAGACACACAGUAUUUUACUUUUUUGUGCAAUAUAGGGAAGGGGGGGGGAAUGCAUGCAGGCUCAAGAUGUACUCCCUCCACAGAGCUUGGGGAUCUAAAAAAAUAAUACUAAUAAUAGUGCAUGAGAUGAAAUGUGCAAAGGAAGCUUUUGAAUUUCCUGAGCUGUUGGAGGGACAUAUCUGAGGAACGACUUAAGAUGUAUUAUGCAAAGAACCAACUGAGCCAAAACCAAACAGAAAACAGUAAUAGAAUAUUCAUGAGAACCAGAACUCUCCUAGCCUUAAAAAAAGCUACUUAUAAAUAAUUAUGUUUACCUCACUGGUGCAAUUAGGGUGGACUUUUGCUCAUGGGAGAACCUAGUUGACAUGCACAGUAUGCAACCUUUUGUUGUUUGAUGUAAAACAGUCACAGCAGUUCUUGCUCAAUAAAGGUCAAUACUGAAAACA